AGUCCUAAAUUACUCCUAAGUUCUAAAUAAUACAGAAGGGGGAUGGAGAAAAUGGAGAAAGGCAAUGAAAUAUGGUGUAGCCAAGUGUAAAGCUAAAAGCAGCUUUUUAAGUCAAAGGAAACUAAGAAACCCCCACCCCCUUUUCCAUCCCAAAUCCACGGUUCAGGGCUGAGGCUAAUGGACAGCAACAAUGACUCAUCCCUCAACAACGUCGUUUUACAGAUCCUUCUCGUCGUCCUUAUGGCCUUCUCCUUCUACUUCAUUCACGACGCCCCAAAGAAGCUUUUCUCCUCUCUCCGAAACCGUAACCGGGCCCACGUCCAGGCCAACCACCACUUUGUCCGCGGGGCCCAGAUCCUCGCCAAGGCCCGGGCAUCCCCUUCCCGAUCCUCAGCCUCCUCCCUCGCCAAACAGGCCCAGGAUGACGGUGGGCCCGGGCCAGCGAGGACGGGCCGAUCCCGCGAUGGCGGAUCUGCAGGAGGCCCUGAGGAUUAGCCCGAAGAACGCGAAGGCGUUGUUUCUGUUGGGCAAGUACUAUGAAGGAAAGAAAAUGGAGAAAGAAGCUAUUGAGGCUUACAUGGAGGCUCUGAAGGCGGAGCCACAGUUGCGUAAAGCUCAAGAAGCUCUUCAAAGGUUAGGGUCUUAGUGGUGGUACUGAAAUUUAUGUUUACUUCUAGUUUUUGGUAUCUGGAAAGAAUAUAUAUUGUAAUUGGUGUAUCUUGAAGAUUUAGAAUGAGCUGACUGAAACUUGUAACUUGGUGAAUUUAUGUAUCUUGAUUUAGAAUGAGCUGAAACUUGCAUUUUUGUAAAUUUUCACUGCAUAGAGGUAUUGAUAAUCAAGGUCUGACAGGGUUACAUA